AGAUUGGAUCGAUCCUUUCUUUCCUAGCUUUCUUUUCCCCAUUCCUUCCACCAGUCUCUGCUCCUCCAUAUGGAUAACCACGCCAGAAGUCCGAUAAGCUCGUACAGGCGGCAGGGAAAGUUCUCUCGCGGAGAGGAAAAAGAGAAAACUGCUGAACUUCUACCCCAGUCCAGUCUCACUGUCCCGUCAAGUUACAUCCUCACCACCACCACCACCAUCAACCACCAGCUAUAAAACUUGCUCUCUCUAAGAGAAAGUUGGCAUUUACCGAGACAAGGUUCCAUCAACUAGUCGACGACACACAGAGUGAGGGAAACUCGAUCAGGGUAGCUUAUCCGAUUUCAAAAACAAGGUUACCACAAAAGAAACACAGUUGUAUUUGUUCUUUCCUUUGGAGAAGAAGACACCUGAAGAAAAAGCACUCGCAAAACUAAGACGAUCACCUCAUCUCAUCUUUCUUUUGCCGCAGUGGAGGGGAAGCAGUUGAGAAGAAGCUUACAUUUUCUGUUUAAGUUGCAACGCCACGUUUUUUAGAGAAAGCAAUUCAGCAGAGAGGCUGCGAAAUGACCCCAACCACCACAACCAGCAUGGUCGUCGUCGGAGGGGUUUUGGCAUUCUUCCUCAUGGUCCAGCUCGUAGUUGGAGUUCCACCCUACACGUAUGACGGGUAUGCAUCCGAUGACUUUCCCCUGGAAGGACCCUCAGAUGCUGCGGACCGAGGCGAGCUAACGUUGGAUCCCUACCUCAGCAUGAACAAACGCUCUUCUGUGAUCUAUCUUUAUAGACGUUCUUGCAUCCGACGUGGUGGGCGUUGUGAUCACCGCAAGGACGAUUGCUGUUCGGGAGGGGCGUGCCGUUGCAACUUGUGGGGGACGAACUGUCAGUGCCAGCGGAUGGGCAUCUUCCAAAAGUGGGGAUAAGUCGGGAGGAUGAAGAGGAUUAAAACCCACCACGACGAGAAGCCGUUGCCGUCAUCAUCAUUCAUCAAACAACGGUUUUACCACAAGAAAAAUAAGAAUCAUUUCUAUGUUAAAGGUUCAGUUUCAAGAAAAAAUAGAAUUUUACCUUAAAUUGUGUAAGCAUCUUUGUAGGAAAAAAUAUAUAUUGUAUGGUUUUACUCCAGAGUUAUGACAAUAGAGAGGUUUAUUAUUCGUGUACAAAAACAUGUAUUCAAAAAAUUGGCUCAAUUUGGAUUAUUUUUCAUAGAGAAAGGAUACUAAAUAUGUAGUACUUAUUUUUAAUAGUUUGCCAUCCAUACUUACUUAUUUUCACAUGUUUUUAUAUACUUUCUUAUACCCACAACUACUCAAACGUUGAAAAAGGAACGAAUUUAAAGAAGGGAAGGGGAACAAGUCUCAUCUGGAAAAGGACAUGAAUUUCUUAUUAGUUAAUUAGUUGGGCACAAGUGGACUAAUUUACUUGCCUACUUCUUUUUAAAACCAAAUCUAGGUUAACCCAGCACUCACGUACUGCACGUUAUAAAUACAUAUAUAUCAAUUACUAUAAUUAGUGUAUAUACGUUGUCCUUGUUCUACACAGUUAAUUAAUUAGUUAAAUGCAAUCAUAACCUGUUAAAACUUUUUGUAUAAUUUGAACAAGUGUUAAUAUACGUAAGUCACAUAGUUGUAAGAGAUUUGUGUAUAAUCACCAUCUGCAACCGCACUCAGUAUUUGCAAAAAAAACGUUAAUUUUGUACCAAAAUGUAUAUAACACAAAAAUUGGUCAUUACGUUUCUCGUGUCUUCGUCUAGCAUAAAAUUAUUUACUCGUUUACUUCUUAGAAAUUGAGCAACAGCAGCAGCAGCAAAACAUUGUUAGUAUAGACGCAUAAAGUGUCACUGGUAAUUAAUUAUUGAUGCAGCCUGCGCUUUUAUGCCUAGGAUAAAAAAAUAUGAUUACUCAACAUACUUGAUAGACCUAAGCGUUCCCGUUCUUUUCCGACAUGUGACACACUUCUCAGACGACAUAAGUAUGCAAUUAUCGGAAAUUUAUUUAUUUCUAUUGAUUUUUCCGUCUCGUUAGGAAAUCUAAACUUGCAAAAAUAAACACUCACGGCACGACACGAUUCACAUGAAUCAUCAGCAUCACCACAUACCUAAAACGAACAAUAUUUCAGUUUACAAACAGUUACGAUAAAUUUUAAGGUGAAAAACAUCGAAAAAUAUGAUGGAUUUUAUGCCGAGAAAUAUCACGGAUUUUGCAAAACCUGCAAAAGAAAGUAAGUGUGAUGAUAGAAACUGUUCAGACUAAACAAUCAGGGAUGUCAUAGGGUGGAGAAAGUGAUAUUAUUUAUUCUUAUAUUUUUUUAAUCAAAAAAGUUCUUAAAAUUUUAUUAAAAUUUCUUAAACUUCCUAAAUUUCUUUAUUGCUUAAAUUUGAAUAGCCAGAAAUCGAGAAUAUAGUUGGUGAUUGUUGUCAACCGGAGCGAGGACGGUGGUGAAAGUGGAGCGAAGAUCCAGCCCUUUGCAAACACAACUUUCACCCCCAUUCUCGCCUCCUCUCUCUUUCCACCAACGAUGCAAAAAUAAAAUCAAAAUCCAAUCCACUGACAAUACGAGUACUUUUACCAGAUCCAAAAAACAGAACUAUUAUACAACACUUGCUCCUAAAAAAAUCUAUUGACUAACAAAUUUACAUGCAACAACUAGAAUAUUAUUACGACGAUUCUACCACACACGGAAAGUCUCCUACUUUACUUUACCAAAAAUAUGAAUACUUACAUAUGUAUGUAUAUUUAUCCAGGGGUGCUGUUACUUAACGACUACUGCGUACGUACUUAGCUUUAUCAUCAUAUUUUUCGAACAGAUUGGAAACUAUAUAAAUUAUAAAAUCAAAAAUGGAAAUUUAAAGUGGUGCUAAUCAACUAUUUAAUGUAACGUAAAUUGUUUGUUAGGUAAGCGAAAUGUGAAACUUGAAACAAAAUUGACUGUGACUUUUCUUCCUGUGCGGUGAUGAUGUAUUUCAUUACAUUACAUUACAUUAAUUAUAUUAUUGUAUGUGUAUUCUAUAUGUACGACUCCAUCAAAGCGGAAGGGUGUUAAGAGUAGUGGGUAGGAUGGAAAAUGUGUAAAUUUACCAUGUAGCUACGAAUUAAUUAGUUAAUUAAAUUACGUGCUACUUAUUUAAAGUUACGUAGAUUGUAAACUUUCUAUAGUGUGACUUUCUGAGUCCUUAGUGUUAAACUUGUUUGCCCAACGAGUAGCUAGAUAUUACGUAUCAUCAUGUUCUUCUUCUAGUUUUACACUUCUAGAGGAUAAAACUUUUAGUUGAUCAAUCAAUUACACGUAGAUAGAUGUAUGUAUUUAGAUAAGAGUUAAACUAAUUGUAUAAUUAGAUCAGUCAAAGUCAAGUGCAUGAACAAGUUGGAGGGGCAAUCGGGGACUAUUUAUGAAACAUCUUCCUGUUAAUUAUUUCAGAGAUAACAAAUUAACAAUUGUAGCCUGGUAGGGAAAUAGAUACAAAUUUAGCGUGUAGCCAAAAUCUCCUACAUUCCGACGAAAGAAGAAUUGAAUAUUUAUUAAGAUAACAACUGCUUAACCUUUCACCUUUUCUUCCCUUCAUCCUUGUAAUUUUCCCAGAAACUGUACUUAUCAGAUAAAUUAAUUAUUUAAACUGCUUAAAAUGCUAUGUAGUUGAGUGUGACUGAGUGUUUGACAAUGUUUCUCUAAAUUAAAUGCAAAUUCAUGAUACGUGUCGUUCCUUCUCGA